AUGGACUCUUCAGGCUACUUCACCAUCUGCGGUGGAACCGCUCCACCGGCCGCGCCGAUCCAGUUGCGUCCUCCCGCACCCACCGGGUGUUACCCGUUGUCGCCACUAGCGCCUUCCCCGCAGCACCCGCAAGGGGGAGGGGGCCGACGCAACCGGCGUGGCGGCGGUCGACGCCGCCUGCAGCAGCAGCGGGCCCAAGACGCCGGGGGGGCGGGGGCGCACUAUCAGCAGGCUCUCCCCGCUGCCACCAGGCGUUCAUCGGCGUGCCCUUCCAGCCGACUGGCGCCGCCGCCCCUCGGUGGUUAUGGCCCGCCCGUCCCGGUGCCGCCCUACGGGGGCCUUCCGCCGCCGCCGGUACCUAUGCCAUGGGACCCCGCCCUCCUCGCCGCCCAGCACUCCGCGCCGUCGCCGAGUAGCUCUGUCGGUGGAGGCGACUGGUACAUGGACUCAGGUGCUACUGCGCACAUGGAAGCUCAUCCCGGUUCCUCCGGCUUCAGCCCCUUCGGCGCCGGCCCCCGCGCCCCCUUCGUGGAGCGAUGCGUGGCGGCAGGCCCCGGUGGCCCCCCGGCACGGCGCCUUCUGCCGCCACCACCUGGCUUCGUGACUCCCUCCCCCGAGGUCGAGUCCGAGCGGGCCCCCGGGUCCCCGUCUCCCUCAUACGAGGUUGAGCCCGGCACCCCGCCCGCCACCCCUGCGACGGGCUCGACGUCACCCUCGCCCGUCGCCUCUUCCGACGCCGGAUCGGCCUCCGCCGCCGGAUCGGCCUUCGCCGCCGCCGCGGCACCCGCCGGCCCUGCUGCCCCGUUACUUGGCGUGACUACCCGUGCCCGAGCAGGAGUGCUUCGGCCCAGCACGCGCUACUCCACCGACGAGUAUCUAUGCGCCGCCUCGACGUCAACGCCAUCACCCGUCCCCACCUCCGCUCGUGCUGCCCUUCGGGAUCCCCAUUGGCUAGCUGCGAUGUAG